AUGACGGAUGCUAGUGGAGAUACAGCCCUGCACAAGGCCGUGCGGAGCCAACAUCUAUAUGUGGUUAAGCUCUUGGUGAAAGAAGAUUCUGAAUUUGAAUUUCUGCCUAACCAUGAGCAGGAGACGCCACUCUAUCUGGCGGCUGAAUCUGGUCCAUCUAAUAGAACGCCGCCGCAUGCAGCAGUAAUUCAGGAACAUAAAGAUUGCAUUAGAUCACUAUGGCGAUGGAAUAAGCCUUUAUGCGAGGAACCUGACUUAUGGGGUUGGAAUUCACUGCACUAUGCUGUUAAAUUAGGAAUGGAAGACGUAGUUUCUGAUAUGCUGGCAUGGAAAAAAUCCUUAGUGUACCUUCCAGUAGGCAGUGAAAAUGACUGGACGACAGCAAUUCACAUUGCGGCACGUGAAGGUGACGUAAACAUGAUAAAGAAGCUAUUAAAUCACUGCCCUGAUUGUCGCAAUAUGCUAACAGCAACAAUCAAAACGCUCUUCAUGUUGCCCCUUGUUGAUGAGCCAGAUAGUGACGGCAACACUCCUCUCCAUUUGCUUGCUGCCUCUGAUAACCAUGUGCAUGAAUUAAUAUACCAUCCUAGAGCAAAGAAUAUGUCAUUUAACAAACAAAACCAUACCCCAGUUGACAUAGCAUUAUCACGCAUAGUUACAACAGAGAAGGAGAAAUUGGAGCGGGAUUUGUGUAGCAUCGGCCGAUUUGGAAAACGUGACUUAGAGGUAAAGCAGAAGUACGAGUACAUGCCACUGACGAAAGAUGAUCGCGAUAAAGCUAAAAAGGCAUAUCAAACAGCAGUCGAAGGAAUUAUGAAGGUAGCUCAAAUCCAUAUUGUUGUGGCCACUUUAAUAAUGACAGUCACUUUCGUCGCUGGUAUCACAUUGCCAAGAGGUUUUGAGAGAGACCCCGAUAGCUCUAAUCAAUGGAUGGAGAUUCUAACAAGGAAAACAGCAUUUCCAGUUGUAAUUGCAUUUGCAACUGGUAUGUUCGCUACUUUAUCACGUUCACUUGGUCUUGCCAUUGUUAGCCUUUCUAAACUCCAAUCAGUCUUCUCAUCUCUUUCAAGUUUUCUUUUUGGUUCUAUGGCAUCCAUGGUGAAUCCAAGUGAUUCUACUAUCCUUGCUAAUAACACCAGCCAUCUGGUGCAAUUUAAUCCCAGUUCUCAGCUUCCCCUCAAAUUUACUGGUCCAAUGAACUUUGUCAUUUGGAAAGCGCAGGUCGAAUCUCUCAUGUUCGGUCAUGAUCUCUACUGCUAUCUCGAUGGAACCUUGACAACACCAUCAAAAAUGGUAACCCUCAACAACCAAGAGAUACCAAUCCCUAGUACAAACUCUGGUUUCGCCAAGACCAAUUGA